UCUGGCGCUAUGCGGUACCUACCUUGCCUGUUGCUGUGGGCAUUCCUACAGGUCUGGGGACAAUCUGAAGUCCAGCAAAAGAAUUAUACGUUCCGCUGCCUGCAGAUGUCUUCUUUUGCCAACAGAAGCUGGUCCCGCACAGACAGUGUGGUCUGGCUGGNGGAUCUGCAGACACACAGUUGGAGUAAUGACUCAGACACUAUCAGCUUCACCAAGCCAUGGUCCCAGGGCAAGUUGAGUAACCAGCAGUGGGAGACGUUGCAGCAUAUGUUUCAAGUCUAUCGAGUCAGCUUUACCAGGGACAUACAGGAAUUAGUCAAAAUGAUGUCACCUAAAGAAGACUAUCCCAUUGAGAUCCAGUUGUCUNNGGGCUGUGAAAUGUACCCUGGGAAUGCUUCGGAAAGCUUUUUACACGUAGCACUUCAAGGAAAAUAUGUCNUGAGAUUCUGGGGAACAUCCUGGCAGACUGUCCCAGGAGCCCCAUCUUGGUUAGACUUGCCCAUCAAAGUGCUCAACGCUGAUCAAGGGACGAAUAUAAUGGUGCAGAUGCUCCUGAAUGACACCUGGCCCCAAUUUGUCCGUGGUCUCCUAGAGGCAGGGAAGUCAGACCUAGAGAAGCAAGAGAAGCCAGUGGCCUGGUUGUCCAGUGUCCCCAGCUCUGCACAUGGCCAUCUGCAGCUGGUGUGUCAUGUCUCNGGCUUCUACCCAAAGNCUGUGGGNGUGAUGUGGAUGCGGGGUGACCAGGANCAACAGGGUACUCACAGAGGUGACAUCCUGCCCAAUGCUGAUGAGACCUGGUAUCUUCAAGCAACCCUGGAUGUGGAGGCUGGAGAGGAAGCUGGCCUGGCCUGCAGGGUGAAGCACAGCAGCCUAGGAGGGCAGGAUAUCAUCCUCUACUGGGGUGGCAGACAAGCAUCAGUGGGCUUGAUCGUCUUGAUAGUACUAAUCACACUGGUGGUGGUGGGCGCUGCAGCCUACUGUAUCUGGAGAAGGAGAAGCUCCUAUCAAGACAUCCUGUGACUCUUCCUUACACCUGCCUCUCCUGAAAUUCAGACUUUCCAGGUUCUAGNACNUCAGUCCUGGUCUGCUCAGGAUCUGGGNAUGAAAGAGAGGAAUCCGGAAGAAGUGAAGAGCAACCAGA